GUCGAGGCCUCGGAUGGAGCCCAAGCCGAAGAGGGCCCCCCGCCACCCGACCAGCCCACCGCGGCGGGUCGGGGACGUGACGUUCGUCCUCGGUCGGUGCGGGCCCCUCGGGUACACCGGGUGGCUGCUCGAUGCUCGGCGGAAGCAGGAGGGGGCGGCCCUGGUGGAGUUCGUCGGAGCUUCCGCCGGGGCAGCCGCGGCGAGGGCCCAACACGAGAUCGACGAGCGGCACGUGUUCUGGGAGGGGCGCGGCGACCCGCAGGUGCGGCUGAGCUGCGACAAGCAGCUCCGGUGGAGCUCAGCGGCCGACCCCAACCCGGGGGGGUGGAAGUGCAGCCUCGGCGAGCGGGGCUGCUUCGGCGGCGCCCGCAAUGCGGGGCUGCACCGCUGGCGCUGCCCGUCGUGCCGCGGGUCGAUGUGCGACAACUGCUACCUGCUGCCG